AUGGCAAAGUCAAAUGGAAAGACCGAUGCUAAACAACAAGUGAAACAAGAUCCGGAGACUGUGGAGAAAGAGUUGGAAGAAGUUGGAAUCGUCAGGGCACCGGAUGGUAAAUUUUUUUGAAGAAAAAAUUAUAAAUAUUGUUAAAAAUUUGGUAGCAAAAAUUGAUGAUUGGUAUGUUCUGAUUAUUAGAAACAAUCGGAAUUGAUAACCAAAAAAUGUGUUUGACUGAUUUUUUUGUGGAAUAGGGAAUCAAAAGUUCAAAAAAAAAGUAUUAUAAAUAUGAAAAUCGUAAACCAAAAAAAACUCAAAAACAGCAAAAGACUUUUUAAUCCUGUAAAAAAUAUGUGAGAGAAUUUUGAAGACAAUUCUAAAUUUUUUGAAUUUUUCAUAGUUUUUUCUCACAUUCAGGAUCAGCUUUUUAAUUUUUUUCGAGAUUUCAAAACUGAAAUUUUCAAAUUUCAGUUUCAAGAAAUAUUUAAUGGGACAGUUUGUUCAAAAUUUUUCCUCUCAAAAAAGUACUUUUUAUUUAUCUACAUUCACUCGAAUGAACAAUUUAUUAUUAAUUAUAUUUCCUAGUUCUAUAUAGAAAUAUAUAUUUAUAGAAAAUCGAAUUUAGAGAAGAAUCUCAUGGCAAAUGACUUUCAAGAACUUCAUUUCAAUAUUUGAUAAUAAAACAAGAAGUAUUACAUUUCUCUAGACAUUAUACAAAAUUAACUAACUAUUAUAACAACUUUCAAGUAAAUGGGAGAACCCGAAACAAUUCUAAAUUUAUAGGUGGAUAUGGUUGGAUUAUCGUGAUCUCCUCUUUCCUUCUCAACAUGAUUGUUGAUGGUGUAAUUUUCACUGUCGGUAAAAUCUUGAUUCCCGCUUGGACCAAAUCAUUCAACGUGUCAAGCACAUCAGCUUCGCUCACUAUGUCAAUUCUCUCUGGUUUUUAUUUCUUUGUCGGUAAGUUGAAAAAAAACAUUCAAUAAAAUAAUCACAGAAUAUGUGUAUGAAAAAUGAAAUUGUUCUCAGGACCUUUUGCUUCGGCACUUUGCAAUGUUUUUGGUUGUCGAGCUGUCGCAAUCGCUGGUUCGAUCAUUGCCGCUUUUGGAUUUUUGAUCUCUGUUCACGCGCCAAAUAUCUAUGUUAUGUAUAUCAGUUUUGGACUCAUUGGAGGUGCUGGUUUUGGAAUGAUGUAUCUUCCAGCUAUUGUCAUUAUUUCACAAUAUUUUGCAACAAAAAGAUCUCUUGCUACUGGAAUCGCUGUUUGUGGAUCCGGAAUUGGAACUACUGUUUUUGCAUUGUUGAACGAUGUAGUUUUCUAUCACGUUAAUGAAGAGUGGAGCAAGUUUUUGCUUUAUACAUCGGCUGUCACUAUAUCUGGAUUGUUUGCCGCAUUGCUUUUAAGACCUUUGAGAGCUUCUCAAUCACAAAUUGAGAAGGUUGCCCAAAUUGUUGAAGAAUAUGAGGUACAAAAGGAAAAAUCACCCGAUUCUCCAGUUUUGAGCUUGAGUGCUCAUAAGUACAAUACACCAUUUUUGUCAUCUUUGGAAUUGCAUACUGCAGGAAAACAAAAUAAUGUGAGUUUGUGGGGAUAUUUCUCAACUUGAAAUUAUUGUGAUCCAAAAAUUGACUAAAAGAAAAAAAAAUAUGGUUUCUGUGUAUUUUAGAAGUAAUAGAAUAUCAAAAAUUUGUGAAAAACGAUGUAUACACAGUUAAAAACAGAAAAAAAUAAUAACUUGACAACCGAGGCAGGUGAGAAGAGAAAACGCGCUCUAUGGAUAAUUUUUAUACAACAUUGUCUCAAUAUACCUUCAUUUUUUUUCCAAAUUUUUAUUUAUUAAAUUCUGACACACAAAAUCAACAUCCCGAAAAUUUUCAGAACAUCAAUGGAUCAGUCAAAAGCAUUAUUGACGCCGUUGCAAAAGACGUCGAAGAACUCAAUAGACCUCUCUCACGAAUGGAUAUUUUCUACAGCGGUUCAACAACUAAUUUGCACGUUAGAAGUAGAGCCAAUACAAGUGAGAAUACUUUUUAUUUCUGAAAAUAAAUUCGACAAUACUUUUCAGUGAAUCGCGAAGAAGUUGUCGAAAACUUGAAACAUGCUCGUGAUUUGGCUAAAGACAAUGUUCAACAAGUUUACUUGAGUACAAUGAACUUACAAGAGGCUGCUGAUGGACAUAUCGCAAUCACAGAAAAGAAAUCGGUCAAGGAUGAUAUUCUACAAGCUCUUCGAGCCUUGUUGGAUAGAACUCUUCUUGCUUCUCCAUCAUUUUUAACUUUGGCAUUUUCUGGAACAUUGACACUUUCAUGCUUCUAUGUGCCUUUCAUUUAUUUGGGAAAUCAAAUGGAUAAAGUGAGUUAUUUGUUAAUUUUUGAAAAAAAAACGAUAAAAUUUUUAGAUCGAGGGCCUUACUGCAAUGGAAAAAUCACUCCCGCUUUCAAUUAUUGGAGUUCUCAACAUUUUAGCUCGUAUUGCUUGUGGUUAUAUCGCUGAUAGACCUCAAGUCUCAGCUCUUCUUGUUAACAAUAUUGCUUUGUUUUUGGCUGGAAUUGCUACUUUGACUGUACCUUUUUAUACUGAAUAUUGGCAUUUUAUUGCGUUUACUAUUCCAUUUUCCGUUGGAGUUGGUAAGUUUUAGAAAGUUUUUGAGAAUUCACAAAUGUAAUUUCAAACGUUGAUUUUGAUAAUAUCUGGUUGAAUUUCGCAGUUUGAAACAGUUAUAAAGUUAGCUAAAGUAAUUCAAUUCUUUCAAAGCCUUUCCACAGAAAUUUUCACUUUUUCAUAAAUCAAUCUGUUAAUUUGAAAAAAAAAUUUCAAGGAAAACUCAUCUAUAAAACCACUUUCCAGCCUGUUUCGCCGCUCUCCGUUCCGUCAUUUGCCUCGAACUCGUCGGCCUCGAAAAAUUGAGCAACGCUUUCGGAAUUCUCCUCACCUUCAUGGGAAUUGGCGCAACUGUUGGAUCACCAAUCGCCGCCGCUCUUAAAGACUACACUGGAAACUUUGACACCUCUUUUUACAUUAUGGGUGGUCUUAUGGCACUUUCGGGUUUAAUCUGCUUCCCACUACCACAAAUUCGUCAAUGGGAACAAAAUCGGUGAGUUUGUUUCUAUUUCAACAUUUAAUGAAGAAAAAAUAAUUUAACAUAGAAAUAAAAAUGAAAACGAAAAAAAUUAAGGUCUCAAAAAACCGACGCAAAAUCCGAUGUAGAACUUCAAGGUCUUACCGACAAUGCCUAA